AUGUCAACGCCAGCAGCCAAACGCCGCCGCAUGAACGAUGCCUCAAAAACGCUCUCCAAGCCCUUCCGCUCGCCUUUCAAGACACCCUUCAAGUCCCCCUCCAAAGCCGUCGAUUCGGAAAUCAAUCAAGCAAGCUCUACAGGAAAGCUACCGGUACUAGGAGAAAAAACCCCCAAUCUUUUGGCAAAUCCAGCGACGCCUGGCGCUCGUACCAAAAAGACAUUCACCAGCCCUUUGCAAACAGCAAGGAUAAAUGCAGAUCCUACCAUAGCUCCUCUUCUUCGUACUCAGAGAGAGCUAGAAAAAGAAUUACGCCAGUUGAAAGAGGAUCUCGAUACUGCAGAGCAAGCCAGGAAGAUUGAAGCUGGAAAGCGGGGUGACGACGGAGAAGUUGAUGCGGAAUUACGAGUAUUAGUUGCGAAAUGGAAGAGUGCUAGUCGGAUGGCUGCGGAAGAGAUGUUUGGACGUGUACGUGAUCGUGUGAAUAGAAUGGGUGGGCCACGUGCAUGGAAGGAGAUACAAAAGAAGCAAGCGGACUCGAGAUCACAGUGGGAGGCAGAGCAGAACGAACCAGUGGGUGAAGAUGAUGAUAGCGACGAGGAUCCUGCUGCUAGGGAGGAAAGGAAGACGAGAAAGAGAGAGUUGGCAGAUCAAUAUGACAUUGAGGUUGAGACGGUGAGUGAGAGGAGUCAGCGAAACGUUAUUGACGAUGGGGCCAAGAAUGGGGACGAAGACGAGUUCACGAUGGCUAUGAUGCUGAGGACGCUCAACGUCGAAUUGCAUGUGAUUGGGUUUGAUAGAGACGAGGAAAGGUGGGUUGAUUGA